AUUUGUAAUAAAAAAAUUUGAGGUACUUUUUUUUAAAAAACAAUAAUGGAAACUUUAGAAAAACAUUUUAAAGUUACUGCUCAGCAAGAGUAUGAAAAAAAUCCACAAUUGUCUGCAACAGACGUAGAAGAGCUUCUAAAAUGGAGUAAAGAAAAUAUAAAUUUAUAUGGGAAAUUAAUUGAUCUUCAAAUUAUAAUGUUUUUGCACGCAUGUAACUACGAUAAAGAAUAUGCAAAAAAGGUAAUACGUCAGUGCUAUAAUUUACGAGCUAAGAAGUGCACUCCCUUCUUUUCGGCAAGAGACCCUGCACAUCCUUUCAAUCUAAAACAAUUGGAUGUUGUUAAUAUUAACAUAAUCCCGGACGAAGAAAGUUGCUACAGUUAUAUAUGGUCGCGGUUAAAAAUUGUGGAUGCAUCACAAUAUUAUCCAACUGUGGCGUCAAAACUCACAUUUAUGGCAAUUGAACUCGAUCAAGUCGAAUACGGUACUAAGUCGGGGUACAGAAUGGUACUGGAUUCUAAUAAUUUUAGCUUCAGUCACGCAUUACGUUACUCUCUAUCAAACGCAAGAAAUUUAAUGUUAUACGUCCAGGAAGGCACGCCUUUUGUGAUAGAUAAAAUUUAUAUUCUCAAUGUCACCUCAGGAACCGAAAGACUAUUUUCAACGAUGAAACCGUUCAUGAGCUCUUCAUUAAUAAAUAAAGUUAUAAUAAAAUCAGUUUCAAAAACUGGCGAAUUUAUAAAAACAUUGCCUCAAAAAGUCGUGCCAAAGGACUACGGUGGCCUUGCACCAAUUAUGAGCGAAACCAAUGAAAUCUUGAAACAAAAAUUAUUSGAUAAUCGGGAUUAUUUUUUGGAUGAAGAAAAAUUAAGAAAUGGYAUUGUUAAAGAUGAAGUAGACACAACAGUUGGUGACAAUGAAAAUGACAAGAAUAAUAUACAUUCUUUUAAAAACUUAAGCAUUGAUUAAACUCAUUUUCAAUAUAUAUUUUUUUAACUUAAUUAUUUUUAAUUCAGAUGAUUUAAAUUUAUAAAUACCAUAAAAGAUAUUGAACUUAUUAUAGAUCAAGAUGUUUUAUUUUUCAAUAAGCAUUUAGCUGUUAUAUAUUUAUUUAUUGUA